AUGAGGCCGCGGCCCGACGGUCGGGGGCUCCGGGUAGGAGCGGCGCUGUCGCCCGCGAUGCUGCUGCUGCUGCUGCUGAUGCCGCCGCCGCCGCCGGGACCCCUGUGGGCGGCGGGCACGCCUGCGCCCUCGGCGUACGGGGCUGCGCAGAACGGCGCGCCGGGCGCGGGCCGCGUGAAGCGCGGCUGGGUGUGGAACCAGUUCUUCGUGGUGGAGGAGUACACGGGCACCGAGCCCCUGUACGUGGGCAAGAUCCACUCGGACUCAGACGAGGGUGACGGGGCCAUCAAGUACACCAUCUCAGGCGAGGGCGCUGGUACCAUCUUCCUGAUCGAUGAGCUGACGGGCGACAUCCACGCCAUGGAGCGCCUGGACCGGGAACAGAAAACCUUCUACACGCUGCGGGCUCAAGCUCGGGACCGCGCCACCAACCGCCUGCUGGAGCCUGAGUCGGAGUUCAUCAUCAAGGUGCAGGACAUCAACGACAGCGAGCCCCGCUUCCUGCACGGCCCCUACAUCGGCAGCGUGGCCGAGCUCUCACCCACAGGCACGUCGGUGAUGCAGGUGAUGGCCUCGGAUGCGGAUGACCCCACGUACGGCAGCAGCGCUCGACUGGUGUACAGCGUGCUGGAUGGCGAGCGCCACUUCACCGUGGACCCCAAGACCGGCGUGAUCCGGACGGCCGUGCCUGACCUUGACCGCGAGAGCCAGGAGCGCUACGAGGUGGUGAUCCAGGCCACAGACAUGGCGGGCCAGCUGGGCGGCCUCUCCGGCUCCACAACUGUCACCAUCGUGGUCACCGACGUCAACGACAACCCUCCCCGGUUCCCGCAGAAGAUGUACCAGUUCAGCAUUCAGGAGUCGGCCCCCAUCGGCACAGCUGUGGGACGCGUGAAGGCCGAGGACUCAGACGUGGGUGAAAACACAGACAUGACUUACCACCUCAGGGAGGAGAGCGGCAGCGGUGGCCAUGUGUUCAAGGUCACCACAGACAGCGACACUCAGGAGGCCAUCAUCGUAGUGCAGAAGCGCCUGGACUUCGAGUCCCAGCCCGUGCACACCGUGGUCCUGGAGGCGCUCAACAAGUUCGUGGAUCCCCGCUUCGCUGACCUGGGCACGUUCCGCGACCAGGCGAUCGUGCGUGUGGCCGUGACCGACGUGGACGAGCCCCCCGAGUUCCAGCAGCCCUCCGGCCUCCUGGAGGUACAGGAGGACGCGCAGGUGGGCUCCCUGGUCGUCGUGGUGACGGCGCGGGACCCCGACGCCGCCAACCGGCCCGUCCGGUACGCCAUUGACCGUGACUCAGAUUUGGACCAGAUUUUUGAUAUCGAUGCGGACACGGGCGCCAUCGUAACCGGCAAGGGGCUGGACCGAGAGACUGCCGGCUGGCACAACAUCACCGUGCUGGCCAUGGAGGCGGACAAUCAUGCCCAGCUAUCCCGGGCAUCCCUAAGGAUCCGAAUCCUGGAUGUGAACGACAAUCCCCCAGAGCUGGCCACACCCUACGAGGCAGACGUGUGUGAGGAUGCCGAGCCAGGCCAGCUCAUCCAGACCAUCAGUGUGGUAGACAGAGACGAGCCCCAGGGCGGGCACCGCUUCUACUUCCGCCUGGUGCCCGAAGCUCCCAGCAGCCCUCAUUUCUCUCUGCUCAACAUCCAAGCAGACAAUACAGCCGCGGUGCACACGCAGCACAUGGGCUUCAACCGGCAGGAGCAGGACGUGUUCUUCCUGCCCAUCCUGGUGGUGGACAGUGGGCCGCCCACGCUGAGCAGCACGGGGACGCUCACCAUCCGCAUCUGUGGCUGCGACAGCUCCGGCGCCAUCCAGUCCUGCAACACCACGGCCUUUGUCGUGGCCACCUCCCUCAGCCCUGGAGCCCUCAUCGCCCUCUUGGUCUGUGUCCUCAUCCUGGUCGUGCUGGUGCUGCUGAUACUCACCCUCAGGCGCCACCACAAGAGCCACCUGAGCGCGGACGAGGACGAGGACAUGCGGGACAACGUCAUCAAAUACAACGACGAGGGGGGCGGCGAGCAGGACACCGAAGCCUACGACAUGUCGGCACUGCGAAGCCUCUACGACUUCGGCGAGCUCAAGAGCGGCGGCGACGGCGGCGGCGGCGGCGGCAGCGGCGUGGGCCCGGGCGGGGGCCCGGGGAGCCCCCCGCAGGCCCGUCUGCCUUCGGAGCACCACUCGCUGCCGCAGGGGCCGCCGAGCCCCGAGCCGGACUUCUCGGUGUUCAGGGACUUUAUCAGCCGCAAGGUGGCGCUGGCGGACGGGGACCUGUCGGUGCCGCCCUACGACGCCUUCCAGACCUACGCCUUCGAGGGCGCGGACUCGCCAGCCGCCUCGCUCAGCUCGCUGCACAGCGGCUCGUCGGGCUCCGAGCAGGACUUUGCCUAUCUCAACAGCUGGGGUCCCCGCUUCCGGCCCCUGGCCGCCCUCUACGCCGGCCACCGCCCAGAAGGCGAGGCCCCGGCCUCCUAGCCCGCCCUCCCUGCAGCCCAGGACCCAACUGGACCCCAGGACAAAGCACGUCCCCUGCUCACCCCCUUCCCCCAACCCUCCCAGGGCGGCGGGACAGGAGGGGGACCUUGUGCGGGCAGCGGACUCCCCGACGGCAUCCCUCCCCUGGGGGGGGGCGGGGGGGCGGGGGGGUUGGGCAGCUUUUGCCCAGAAGUGCGGGAAUUAUGACCAACAUCAUUAAAACUGCAGCGAGAACGGGCACUGCGUGGCUCUGGGGUUAGACAGGGAGAGAGGGUGGUGUGGAGCCCUCCUGGCUUAGGGGAGAAGCUGGGGGGAGGAUGCUGCAGAAGUGCCAGCCCAGGAAUGCCCCAUCAGAGUUAAGAGGAAAGAAGGGCUGUUCAUUUACUAAGCGCCUACUGUGUGCUGGGCCUGUACAAAGACCAUCUUAGUCAUCACACAAACCUUGAGCUGGGGCCCUGCAGGUAACAGUUGGAGAAAGCCACCCAGAGAAGUGGCUGGGACCUGUCCAAGGACACCUUGCCAGUGUACCGUGGAGCCACAGCACUUACCGGCUACCUGGCCUUGGGCAAGUUACCUCUCUUCUCUGGGCCUCAGUUUCCUCCUGUGUCAAACGAGGCAAAUAGCAGAACCUACCUCGAAGAGUCUUGAGGAUAAAAAGGCUUCAUGUGUGUCAAGUGGUUAGGACAGUGCCUGGCACAUAGUAGGUGCUCAAUAAAUGUUAGCCUUUGAUACUGUUA